GUGAUUACACGGCGGGACGGGCUCCUCCUCCGCGUCCCCUCCGCCGCCGCGGCGGUGAGGGCCGGGCCGGGUCCCUUCGUCUGCUCUUUGCUUGGGGGCAGCCCCGCGGGAGGCGAUUCCGGGAGGGCGGCGGCGGGGCGAACCCUGAGGCGGCGCCGGAGCCUCCCCUCAGGGCGCUGAUCGCCGGGGCUUCCCCUGUCAGCCCUCCCGCCUGCUGGGCUGACAGAGCGGGUUAGGCCUUGAGGGGAGGCCGGGUACGGGCCGCCCGACCUACCACUGCCGCUCCGAAUAACAUCGCCCUGUCUCCUUUGCUUCAAGAACAUGGUGCUGUGGGGAAGGCUCGUGCAUCCGGUGUGCAGCCUAAGCGAGGUGCCGCCGCCGGGCGCCCGCAGACGCUUCUGGGGAUGGCUGAACGCCGUCUUCAACAAGGUGGACUACGAACGUAUAAAGGCUGUUGGCCCUGACAGGGCGGCUUCAGAGUGGCUGUUGCGAUGCGGUGCCCUGGUGCGCUAUCAAGGCUUUCAGAAGUGGCAGCAGGACUACAACGGCCUCCCAACGGGGCCCCUGGGGAAAUACAAGAUAGAAGCAAUUAAUGCCACGGACUCUUGCAUCAUGUACAGAGGAUUUGACUAUUUGGAUGGUCUUGAACACGUUACCGAAAUCAAGCUGCAGAAGUGUAUUUACAUACAGGACGAGUGUCUGCAGAGGCUCAGCGAGACGAAGAAUCUCCAGAAGAGUCUCCUCCAGCUGCAGAUCAUUUCCUGUGGGAACGUCACAGACAAAGGCAUCAUCGCGCUUCACAAGUUGACGAACCUGGAAUAUUUGUAUCUGAGUGACCUCCCUGGAAUAAGAGAGAAAGAAACUACUGUUCGCGUCCUUCAGCAGGCACUGCCAAACCUCGAGUUGGAGCUGGAUUUAGAAUAAGCACCGCGGCACAUAAUUGAGAUGCAUUUGAUUUCAUGGUAUUUAUCAUAUGUUGCAUAAAUUAAGUUGUGGACGCUACUGUAUUUCCAGGUAUGGAUAUAAGCCCGGAUCUCCCCUUCCAGCUUUAAAAGCUGUAUGCAAUCUUUUGACAAAUUAUGCAAUUAAGUUUUAUUAAACUUAAACUAUAUGGUGAAUCAACAACAGAGAAGGGAGGCUUCUGUGCACAGUUGUUUCCUGGUUUUAUAGGAAGCUGUUAAUACAUCAGUUAGAAGUUUUCCAAUAUUUUAUCGCACAGAAGUUCUUGGGCAAAACGACAGCGGGAAGAGCGUCGGUGUUGUGAAACGGCAGCGCUGUGCAUUUCUACUGCAUGGUGUCGAUGCUGUGGGAACGAGAGCCGUUUACGCGGAGAAUCUCGCCCGGUCAGUGGGUGAGGAUUUAAUAAAAUGGCUUAUGGGCCUUUUUUCUGCUC